AGAGCAGCAAGCCACCACUCACCACCGCUGCACGCACACUACCGUCACAAGUCGUCCGAUCGAGAACAACAAGAGCGGCAUCACCCAUGGCGUCCUCUCGCGUCCUCCACCUCAUCGCCCUCGUCCUCGCCGUCGUCACCGCCGCAGACGCGGCCACCAUCACCGUCGUCAACCGGUGCUCCUACACGGUGUGGCCGGGCGCGCUCCCAGGCGGCGGCGCGCGUCUCGACCCGGGCAAGUCGUGGCAGCUCAACAUGCCCGCCGGCACCGCGGGCGCCAGGGUGUGGCCGCGCACCGGGUGCACCUUCGACGGCAGCGGCCGUGGGCGGUGCAUCACGGGCGACUGCGGCGGCGCGCUGGCCUGCAGCGUGUCCGGCCAGCAGCCCACCACGCUGGCCGAGUACACCCUGGGCCAGGGCGGGAACAAGGACUUCUUCGACCUGUCCGUCAUCGACGGGUUCAACGUGCCGAUGAGCUUCGAGCCCGUCGGCGCGUCUUGCCGCGCCGCGCGCUGCGCCACGGACAUCACCAAGGAGUGCCUCAAGGAGCUGCAGGUGCCCGGAGGGUGCGCGAGCGCGUGCGGCAAGUUCGGCGGCGACACCUACUGCUGCCGGGGCCAGUUCGAGCACAACUGCCCACCGACCAACUACUCGAAGUUCUUCAAGGGCAAGUGCCCCGACGCCUACAGCUACGCCAAGGACGACCAGACCAGCACCUUCACCUGCCCCGCCGGAACCAACUACCAGAUCGUCCUCUGCCCUUAGAUUAGGACGCGUUGAAGGAUCAAAAGUAUAUAUAAUAGCUGGGAUCAAUAAGGAACAAGGACUACUCUGAGUAGUCUACUUAUAUGUAUGUGCCAUGUCACAUACAUGCAUAUGCACGACUGUGCCUGUAUGUUGACCAAUAAUAAAUAAAUGGUUAAAUAAUAGUAUAAGUA